GAGGUCCGCCGCCGCCGCCUCCUCCUCCUGGCAAUCUACCACGAGGACCACCACCACCCGGUGGUGCGGGCAGAGUGAGUGAACUCCAGGCAUGAAUGGCCUUGCGCAGUUCUAACAGUAUCCAGGGCGCCCUUCUCUCCGACAUCCACAAAGGCAAAUCAUUGAAAAAGGCUGUUACCAACGACCGUUCAGCGCCUAUAGUCGGCGGAUCAUCAGGAGGCGGAGGAGGGGGACCACCGGUAGGAGGCGCGCCUCCUGUGCCAGGCAUGGGCGCGCCAGCACCGCCUGGGGGACUCGCACCGCCUGUGCCUGGGAACCGAGCAAGGAGCAACAGCGACCAAGGACAGUCAUCGGCUCCGACCAUGGACGCCGCACCACAGCUGGGGGGCUUGUUCGCGGGAGGCAUGCCCAAGCUGAAGAAGAGGGGAGGUAUCGACACAGGCAGGGACCAAGACUCAUCAUACUUGUCGGACCCUGGUGAAUCGACGCUGUCGGCGCCCAAACCACCCACAGCCUCCGCUCCUCGACCUCCAGCAAGCGCCGCGCCCGCCAUACCGGGAGGUCGGCCUCCUGCUCCUCCUGGACUACUGAAAGAGGUUCCCAAACCGCCCACGGGAAAGAAGCCACCGCCACCGCCCAUUGGCAAGAAACCUCCUCCGCUGCCAACGUCACGCAAGCCGUCCAAUCUCUCAACCACAUCCUCAGCCUCGACGCCCGCUGCACCUCCCCCUCCGCCCCCAGCAGCAUCUGCGCCUUCGGCACCUCCAGCUCCACCACCGCCUCCUCCCUCUUCGGCGCCGUCACUGCCUCCUGCUCCUCCGCCUCCGCCACCUGCUGCUGCCCCCUCGCCUCGAGCGCAACCGCCGCCGCCGCCUCCGCCACCAGCAUCGUCACAGUCGGGGGCUACACUUGCUGCCCAGGCAGCGAUCCGCGCGGCGGGCCAGUCUUCCUCCUCGCCAGCCCCGAGCGCGGCACCACCCGCACCACCUCCACCGCCGCCAUCCGCGGCGCCAGCACCACCCAAGCCAAGCUCCCCACCCCCUGAGGCGGCACCGACGAGAGCUCGGGGGUCCUCCUUGCGUCAAGCCAUGUUGGACCCUAGCAUGUUCACGCUCACAGCCAACGGGUCCAAAUCGCCCAGCCCUUCACCGCAAGGCCAUUCUCCGAGUCCCAGCGGUGGUGGUGGUGGUUCUGGCUCUAGAAUCGCAAUCACCGAUUCGAGGUGGCACUUUAAAGACGAGAGCCUUCUGCCAAAGCCGAGGGAAUACGUCAACCGACCAAAGAAGUACCGAGCGGGACGAGGCAGCAGUGUCCCUCUAGAUCUGAGCGCCUACAACUAGGAAAGGAGACGCGAGGGCGGGAGGGACAGAAGCGUGGCUCGUUCACGAAGUGUACGAGAGUCUGGCAGAUAGGCGUAUAGCGUUCCUGCAAUUGAGCACGUUCAGUAUAGAAUCAGUAGCAAACCUUUUACCACUUUCAACUCGUUCUGGAGAGGCAAGCAAAAAAAGGACUUGAUUUUUCAGCGACGCAAUGCCAUGGUGCGCCCUCUACCCAAGUAUACAAAUAAAUAAUACAGUCCGACCGGUAUACAUCGUACAGCGCUUCCUUCGACUCCUCC